AUGACAAACAAGUGUAUCACUACAUGGAUCAUCAUCUAUGUAUACCUAUCAUGCAUCAACGCACAAAAUAAUCAAACAGCAGAUCUAGUCGAUGCUUCAGCUAAGCCACGUCCAAAGGUGUGCAAUGACGUUCGUAUAACUAUAUUUGAAGUACGACGCGGUCUAGAUUUACAAGCAUUAGCCUCGUGUGAAAUUGUUCUUGGUUCGAUAAUUUUUGCUCCUAUGCCAUUAACGACAAAUACGAGUACAACACCAAUAGUUGGAACAGUUCAAACAACAACAGCUACUGUUUCGACACCAACAUCAGCGCCGAUUCGUUUUCCAUAUCUUCGCGAAGUGUAUGGUUAUAUACUUUUAGGUUAUUCAUCGAUUCGUUCAUUCUCGUCCAUGUUUCCGCGUUUAUCUGUUAUCCACGGUCGAGAACUCUAUCAUGGCUACGCAUUGAUUGUUAUGGAAAAUUUACAAUUGGAUGAUUUAGGUUUAACAUCACUGAUAAAUAUUCGUCGAGGAAACAUAAUUAUUGCUCGAAAUGCUCAGUUAUGUUACGCGAAAUCGAUUCGAUGGAAUGAUAUUAUUGAAAAUAAGAAAACUCAAGUUAUUCUACGACAAAAUCGUGACGAUUGCGCUAUCUGUCCUACAUGUCCAUCGGCAUGUUGGUCGGCAACUCUAUGUCAACAGCAAUGUUCAACAUAUUGUAAAGGCAAUUGUUUAUCUGAACAAAUUUGUUGUCCUGAUGAGUGUGUUGGCGGAUGUUAUUAUCAAAAUGUCACUGCAUCAACAAAUCUCGUCUGUAAUGCUUGUCGAAAUCUAAGAAUUUAUGCUACAGGAAAAUGUGUACAGCAAUGCCCAUCACAUAUGUUGAAGGUAGUCGAUUCGAUGUGUGUCACACGAAAAGAAUGUACAUCGUUUUUCAUGGGUGUGGGUUAUAUCUUAGAUGAAACCAAUCAGUGUGUUUCAGCGUGUCCGACUGGAUUCGAUCUUAUCUCAGGCACACGCUGCGUUCGUUGUAUAUCGACUCCGGAAAAUAAUUACUGUCAUGGAGCAUGUCGAGAACAACAUAUACGUUCGAUCAGUGAUUUUAAUCUAUUAAAGUAUUGUUCACGUGUUCAUACACUGAAUAUUUAUAAUAUAGCAGCGGUGGAAUCAACAGAAAAUAAUCUCGUUGAAGUUUUUGGUGGUUUUGCAUCUCUCGAACAAAUCGAUCAUGAAUUUACAGUACAUAACGUCAAUGUUUUUUCUACAUUGGGUAUUUUUGUCAAAUUAAAACGAAUUGGAAUCUCAUCAAAUGCGACAAUCACCAUAGAAGAAAACGAUUUUCUGAGCGAAUUAUGGCCACUAUCACAUCCACCGCCUGUGCUUCAAGGAAGUUUAAAUAUUGUUCGAAAUGCUCGACUUUGUUUGAGACGCAUCGAAGCAUUCGUGAAUUAUACAACUUCAUUAGAGAAAGAUUUACAAAUUAUAAAUAAUACAUUCAAUGAGUACGCAAAUGGCUAUUUGGCAUCAUGUGAAUCGAAUUUGCUAACAUUAUCUGUGGAAAAAAUUCGUUCUUUAACAGCUCUGAUUGUUGUAGCUGUACCGAAACAGUUAUUCUUUCGUUCAGGUGGAAAAGCUGACUAUUUACGUCGACCAUUUCUUUCGGUUUACUAUAAAGCUACUCAGACACGAAAUGAAACACAUUUUGAUGCAACACAAUCACACAAAUGGCUACGAAUCGUCGAGAAAGUCAAUUACAAUCCAUCACCACACGGCGGUUCAUUUACCAUGAGGGUGGAAUUAUCUUCUCUUCUCGGUGCAACUUGGUAUGCUGUUUAUGCAUCGAUUACUUCCAAUGUCAAUACAGUUGGUUUAUAUUCAACAAUCGGCUAUUUUCGAACAUUGCCUCGUCAGCCUGAACCAGUGCUUAAUCUGCGCGGAGAUAGUUUAUCAAGCACGUCAAUCGAAUUAAUGUGGCAACCGCCGUCCAAGCCGAAUGGUGUAAUCAAAACUUAUAUUAUCUACUAUGCGCCUAUAGAGGAUCGAUUACCGGUAGAUAAUUCGAAAAUACUCUGUUUACUGAAAGAUCGUUGGCAUGCAGAAGUGCCUGUUCCAAGUAAUCCGUCGAAUGUUACAACAUCAACUCGAUGUCCUCGAUUAAAACUAGGAUCAAACAACAUAAUGGACAACAAUGACGAUGAUAUGAUGGAAGAACACGAAGAAAAUACUGGUAUCGAUCAAGUUGUUACUGAUCUAGCUAUACUUGAACAUCAAUUGAUCAAUUCAGUUACUCAACGCAAAGAUCCGUUGUUUAUUCGACCCGACUUGAAAGACACAAUUAUUAACGAUUUAGAUCAUUAUUUCGAGGAUAAAAGUAGUUCGCUCAACGAACAGUACAAAGCCGAUAUAUCAGUCGAACAAAAGCCUGUUGAACAUACUCCGUAUAUCAAUACAUUCAAUCGAACAACGUCAGCAACACGUGUGAUUAUCGAUGACUUGAAAUAUGCUCAAAUGUACAUGUUUCAAGUUUUUGCAUGUCAUAAUAUUGUCGAACAAAGCAAAUCCGAUGCAUGUAGUCUGAACGGGAUUAUCAUUUCCGUUCGAACAAAACCUGGUGAUCCUUCAUUGGAUUUAGUACGAGAUGUACAAUUAGUUGCAUCGAUUGAUAAUUCGAUGCGAUUGUCGACAGAUAUGAAAACUGUUGGCUACCAAAUCUCAUGGCUUGAACCAUUGACACCUAAUGGACUUGUCUAUUUCUAUACUGUCCAUGUCGAUCAAUACAGUCUCAAUGGACCGAAAGAAGAACGUUGCGUUGGCCAUAACUUUCAUUCAAUUAAUGUCUCUUUAUUACCCAAAACACAUUAUCGUUUGCGAAUUGUCACAUAUACAAUAGCGAGACUCAAUCAUGAAUAUGGAGAUCAUAAACAAUUAACCGAUGAUUCGCACAUAUUAAAUUCAACAAAUCUAUACUUUCAACUAUUAUUCACAACUGUCGAUUUGCCGAAUCGUGAAGCAAUUCGACAAAAUCGACUUGCAUUGUUUAUGGUCAUUAUUGGCUCGAUUGUUCUUUUGUUAAGUGUUAUACUUGGUGCACCACUUUACUACUACAAGUACAGUCGAAACGAUAAUAAAGCGUCCAUCUCGAAAAAUCCAAAUUAUGAAUUGUAUACGCCGGAUCAAUGGGAAAUCGAUAAGGACUCAGUGACUUUGGAUAAACUAAUCGGUCAAGGACAUUUCGGACAAGUUUAUCAAGGUGUUUUGAAACUAUCGGAUGGAACAUUAAAAUCAUGUGCAGUCAAAAUUCGAACUACGCAUCCAACAGAUUUAUUACAAGAAGCAUCUAUCAUGAAACAAUUUCAAUGCUACCAUGUCAUUCAACUGUAUGGUAUCUGUUCACGUAUUCGACCGCCGUAUGUAGUAAUGGAACUGAUGGAAAAUGGAGAUUUGAAAAACUAUCUCUACCGAUAUCGACAAAGUGAAUUGAAUCCGAAUGGUCCAAUGCUGACCGAAUCAGCCAUGAUUCAAUUAGCAUUGGAUAUUGCUGAUGGCAUGUACUAUUUAUCGGAUCAAAAAUUUGUACACCGAGAUUUGGCCGCCAGAAAUUGUCUUGUAAAUGGAAAUCAUACUUGUAAAGUUGGAGAUUUUGGCUUAACACGUGAUAUUUAUGAAACAGAUUAUUAUCGUCGUGGUGGUCGAAGUUUUCUUCCCAUUCGUUGGAUGGCACCAGAAAGCUUACGAGACGGUCGCUUUGAUACAGUGUCUGAUGUUUGGUCGUUUGGCGUUCUCCUUUGGGAAAUUGCGACGUUAGCUGAACAACCUUAUCAAGGCUAUGGUAACGAAGAAGUCGUACAUUAUGUUCGAUAUGGCAAUAUCACGUUAGAACGUCCAUUGAACUGUCCAGAGAUUUUACACAAGUUGAUGCGUGCCUGUUGGACGUUUUCUCCCGGUGAUCGUAUUUCAUUUCGAUCGAUUGUUGAUGAACUCAUUCCAUAUGAAAACGAAGAUUUUCACUUGCACGCCUAUUAUCACACUCAACCUAAUCAAACGCGACAAACAAGUUUACUUGAUAGUAGUAAUAAUGAUGAAGAAGAACUUUUAUUAGCGGAUGAAAUCGAUGAUGACAAUGAUAAUUCUCAUAAUUUAUGA